AUGAUCGCAGAUCCUCGAGACGCAUCGCUUGAUCAUUUACGUACAACACAGACUCAGAAAGAAGUUCAAAGUGUUGCAGCAAAAGCUACUAUCGUCUGCGCCCUUCCCCUACAGAUAGGAUGGAUCACAGUGAGAGGAGGAUCUCUCGUUGAAGGAAAAGAGGCCAGAAAGAGAGUAAGGCAGGCGCAAGCUGCCGUGGCCAUCGUAAUAUCAUGGCUACGCUCGAGUCGCAAGACGACUAGUAUCGAGGUCGGAUCGGGGUCAGCCGCACGACCCGGAGACAGAACAGGCACGCUCACACCCGAUAAUACCUAUGCCGAUGCCAGCAGACCUGCACAAGGUCAGCCUCACCUCACUGUCGCCGCGUCCACACGACCCCAACGCCUCGUCACAGAGCGUGUCGGUAUCAACAACGCCAUCCACGGUAAUGGAAGAUAG